AUGUGCAGCACUUCUCCCUGUGGCCUCACUCUGCAGCUGGCGCCCAAGAAGGCGCUGCGGACGUCAUCCUCCUCCGAGGGGCGGGCCGCGGCCCCGCCAGCGGCGAUCGGCAGGGUUCCUGGUGUGGCCGCAGGUCCCCCCGCGGAGGUGGCCCCUGCGGAGGCGGCUGUCGGAGCGGCGGCGGCGUCAGCCACAGGAGGGGGAGUGGACUCCACUCCGCCUUCGGUCCCUCUGAUCGCCCCUUCAGCUCAGGGUGUGAUCCCCCCGGGCCCGCAGGCCGGGGAGGUGAUCGACCUCGACACCGACGAGGCGGAGAAGGCGGUGACGACGGGAGGCGGGGCGGAUGCCCCCGCUGCUGUGGCGGGAUCCGAGGCGGAGGGGGCGCCUGCUCCCGGAGGCGCGGCGGUGGCAGAGGCAGCGGUGACGGAGGCAGGGGCCUCCGCCCCGGUCACUCCCGCGGGAGUGACUCUGGCGGCAGAGGCGGAGGUGCCCACAGGGGUGCAGGGGCUUCAGUCCGCCUUGUCCCGCAGCGCCGACCGGGAGCAUGAAUUGAAGGCCCAGGCCGACGGUGAGAUCGCCAAGUUGCGGGCUCUGCUCGACGAGGAGCGCGGCGAGCACGGCACCCUGUGA